AUGAAUUAUUCAUCAUGUCAAAUAUGUUUAUGCUCAUUUCAUAUAAUAAAUAUUUUAAUGGAAUAUUUUAUAAAAUAUAAAUUUAAAAUUGAAUGUAUCAUUCAUGAUAUUACUGAUUAUAAACAACAUAUUUAUUCUAUUGAUAGUGAAUUACAUGAAAGACUUCAUAUAGUAUGGUUGGGAUAUUUUUAUGAAUUAUAUGUACAACCAGAUUCUUUAUAUGGAAUAAUGUGGAUAUUUAGUCCAUUGAAUGAUAAUUCACAAAUUAUAAAAACUAAUCAUAUAUGGUCAAAGAAAAUUCCAGCAAAAUUUCGAUUUCAUUGUUCUUAUUGCAACCAUAUAUGGACAUCGAAAAAAGGAUAUAUUAAUAUAUUUAUUGGUCAUCGUCCAUUAAACAGAAUAAUUGAUCAAUCCGGUUAUAUAAUUAAUAUUUAUGAGUUUCUAUUCUCUUUAGAUCAACAGAAAUGUACUCAAUGUAAUUCGAAUAAAUUAAUUUCAGGAUCAACAUAUCCACAUGAAGUGAUAAAAGUUUUAACAUACAUUCGAAAUUAUAUUACUAUUAAACCGAUAUAUUUCAAUACAACUCAAUAUGGAUUUCAAAUUGAAUUUUUUAAAAAUUCAUUUACUUUUAAUCAACAAAAGUCCAUAAACAAAGAGACCAUUAAUUCUCAGAUCGUAUCCAAUAGUAACGGUGAGACAUUCAAAGAAAUCUGCUCAACGAAAAACGAUCAAUUCUUUGAUUCUUUGAAAAAGUCCAGUGACAUUUCAAAGUUCAUUAAACAUGCAAAAAAUUACCCAUUCAAUGAAGAAAGUAUCAAAUGUAAUCAUCAUACUUUGUCUAUUACUGAAGAGAAAUCAUCAGUACAAUUACUAAAAGACAACAAUCAAGAAGUUAUUAUGACUAAAAAUAAAUUAAAUAACAUCAAUAAGAAUGAUACAGAUCUUUAUUUAAAAAAAGAACCGGUCAGUUUGAAAUGCAUUCCUAAACCUACUGAACUUGAACCUACAACUGUUGAUGAUUUAAAACAAACUGGAAAUCAGAUCAAUAAGAAGAUGUCAAUUCGUAGAUCGCGUUAUGUUUGA